AUGGUUGUUUUAAGCUUCGAUACUGUCCGCCGUGGACAAAAUAUAAUUGGUCGCGAAUUUGAAUAUGUACAGGGAUCGCUUCAUAAUCGAGCGGCAUUCAUGUCAAAAUACUCUCAAGCAUUGCAUCAAGAUGGUAAAUAUUCAAUCACCGAAUUGCACCAGCUUGCAGAGUUGAUUUGUCCAGACUUUCCAUUGAGCAUUAUAGAAAGUACCAGAGAUAUUGUUUACCAUAUAUUGGAAAUACAACCUUUGGAAAUAUCAAAUAAUACAAUUGUUCCAUCAAGCAUAUUCAAAGCUGCUUUGAGAGUAUGCUUUAUAUAUCAUGAGAUGCUGGAAUACUUGCUGGGGAAAAUCAAACUGCAGUUCAAUACAUUUUGCAGAUGUGUUGCAUCAUCAGAGCCUUGGACAGCAACUGAACUUGAGGCAAUUGGAGCUGGCAUAAUAUCUUGUAUUGAGCAACUCCAGUCCAAUAACUGCGCGUCAAGAAACAUCAUCCCACCAUCCCGGUCAGUACACGACGCAGUUGAGUAUGCAAUCAAAAGCAAAGCUAUGUAUUCAGCAACCUCGCCUGUUGAUCUUUCACGAUUAAUGUAUUUGAAUAUGUGUACCAAGUGGAUCAAGGAUGAUAAGCAUAUUCUUGCAGACGUGGAAGCACUGUUUAAACUGUAG